AUGUCAAACCCCGGCGUAUAUCCUGCCGGGACUUUGCGAGAUUUCGAGCCCGACCUGGACAUAUGGGAGCAAGUUCAGCAGGAACUCAAUUCAUUAGAUCAACAGCUGCGUCACCAGAGCCAACGAACUCGUGUUAUUCCCGUAGAGCAGCUAAUAGAUGUAUCACCAUCAGUAGCGCGCAGAAAUCCGCCUGAUGAACGGAAUGCUUUCCGGAUGCUUGUGCAACCAGCUGUUGCGCAUAGAUUCAGGUUUCGCGUUAAUAGAAAGCCAGAACCCACACCGAUAGAGCUUGAACCUGGACACCGGCUGACAAAAGUGACCGAUCUUGACAAUCGAGAUAUCCUUGGAUAUCUUAAGGCACUGAACGACGAGGAAAGCUUUGUUGGGAAAGUGGCUGACCUGAUGGAUACGUAUAUAACAGUCCCAAUGUCAUCUACAACAUUCUUGACAAGAGAGACCUAUCUGGCGCUCCGAAUCUUGUCAUGUGAAGAACGGUACCAGCUUUAUGCUGAAGACGAUGAUCGUUGGGAUGCAUUGUUGGAGUUGGAUGUUGGAGCACGAGUGAUUUAUAAGAAUUCGGCAGGAGAGAUGUUGGAUGCGACACUCAAGAGCAAGGACAUACGUGAUGAUACGUGUUUUUACAUCAUCAAGGUCGACGGCCAAAAACAAAAGAUAGCUGUCGAUAUCUCGCGGCUAUACCCUCCCAUUAAAAAUACAGAUGAGCUUCGACAGAAUGGAAGUCGAGGAAAUUUGUUAAUCGAUGAUCCUGCUUUUCCGCCCAGCGUUUCCACUUCCGACGAUGCACCUCUCAUAUCACUAAAAGAAUCGAGCUCCAGCCGUUCUUUGAAGCAAACAGCAAGAAUGGGAAAGCCACCCCUGAAAGUGGGUGAUAGGGUGAUCUGGACUGGGCGAAAUAAUGAAAAGGCAUACAUAAGAUGGAUUGGAUAUUUGGAAGGCCAUACCAGCGAGUAUGCCGGUGUCGAAUUUGAUAAUAAAAUUGGACAAGGAACGGGAACCUAUCGUGGCACAGCUUUGUUUAAUGCGAAACCUGGAUACGCUGGGUUUCUUCUACUGAAAGUUCUGGAUUUGUUUGAAGCUGGCAAAGACGUGGAUAAAGUGGCACGAAGCAUCUCAAAUAUUGAUAUCGGCUCACAAGGACAAAAUACCAUCUUUGAACCGAUGCCAAGUACCGUAAGGCCGCCAUGGGAUAGCGAAAGAAAUGCAGAUGCGAAGGAUGGUUCUUCUUUAAUCGAUAUUUUUGUACCGGGUACCCGUGUCGCAGUGAAUGAUGCGGGGAAGAAAUAUUUUGGGGAAGUCAAAUGGACUGGUUAUUGCCGAGCAGAUAGCUCGUCGCAGAGUCGAGUCGCUUCACAAGUAGAACUGAGCCCCGCAAUUACCGGUCUCUUUCUUGUGCGUGAUUAUCUCGAACAUGUACUGGGUGACCCGUUCCGAACCUACCUGGUGCACGUUUCUGACAUGGAAGUCGUUGAAAAACCGAAAAAACCAUUACCGCGAGGCCCGUCUUAUAUUCACUAUCUAUCAGAUAAUGCCUGCGCAGACAGCGGGGUUUCCACUUACUGCCCAGCACUGCCAGAAAAACAGGCAUUAAUAGGGAAGAUGAGGGGAAUACAGGGUAAUAAAAACAGCUGCUACCUGGACGCUACAAUGUUUGCAAUGUUUGCACAGACUAAAGUUUUUGAUGAGAUUCUGCGAAAUCACAAGCCUAGAACAGAUGACGCCAAGCAGCUACUCGAAUUGCUAUUAACAGAGAUUUCCGCUCCGCUACGGAGGCAUGGUUUUGUGCGAUCUGAUCAUGUUAUGAAGGUUCGGGAACUCUUGGCAAAAUUGUUGCCCGAUAUUCCCGGCUUAACGACUGAGGAGCAAGAUCCCGAGGAAAUCCUUACUUGCCUAUUCACACGCAUCUUCAAAAUCGAUCCCUUCAUUGAGCUGAUUUCAAAAGAUAAUGUUUGCGAUAAAACCUAUUUCUGCCCGAUCGUCAUUGAGAAUGCAAUGACGGGAGGUGUGACGACGACGCAACAUUUAUUGGAGCGAUCCAUGAAAGAAGCCAAUGUUCGAUUUGGGAAGCCACCAAAACUGCUAUGCAUGACUCUGCCUCGUUAUGGAAAGACAAAGCUCUACAAGCGGAUCGUACCAUUGGAAUAUAUAGAUAUCACACCACUUGUCACUAAUGCGGUAAUUUCAUGUGGUCAUUGCAAGACUACAGUAGCUGAAGUAUUCUGCCCCACUUGCUAUUUGACCAGGCGUGUAUUUUUAACUGAUGUCUCAUAUUGCCAAGGAUGUUUCCAUGAGACUCAUCUUUCUGAUGAGCUUAUGGACCAUUCGCCCAGACAUUAUCAUCCACCAUCCGGAAAACAACCAUUGCGACCGGAUCGAAUCGUUCUCCGGCUCGCCUCGAUAAUUUCUAUUGAAAGUUCACAUUAUGUCUCCUUUGUCAGAUCUGAGGAUGACUUUGUUUUCUUUGACUCGAUGGCAGAUCGACAAGGGUAUAAUAAUGGGUAUAAUAUUCCGGAGGUAAAAGAUUGCCCGAUGGCUAAAGAAUGGCUAAGCCGUGAAGGGUGGAACCGGGUGGCUUUUAUGGAAGAGAGUCUGAAUGCUGGUUAUAAGAACGUGGAAAACGAUCCGAUGGCUACUCGACUUCUUUCUGAUGGAUAUAUCUGCAUGUAUGAGCUUGAGAGAUCCACUUUU